CUUCAACCUCACCUCUGAGUGCACCCAGGGAACAGGGACACUUCACCCACCCCGUUCCGUUCUCUUCUCUGCUCCUCCAACCACUCAAACUCUUUCUUCUUUCUUUUCUCCCUCAAACAACAAUUCUCGAUCAUCCUUCUUUCUCUCAAGGGAGAAUCUUCAAUUCUUCAAUUCAACAUUCUCCAAAUGGCAUCAUCGUCGUCAUCAUCAUCAUCAUCUCUGAUCUCAAACCCGGUACCGAACACGGAGCGGUCACGUGACUCAAAGAGGCGAAGAAAGAAGAAAGCGCAGCAGAGACACCAACACCAAGAGGAUCAGAGCCACCCAAAGUGGAAAUCCCAAGCGCAGCAACAAAUCUACUCCUCCAAGCUGCGCCAAGCCUUAGCCAGACUCAACCUCGGCUCAUCCGGCUCCGUUCCGCGCCGAGGCAAAGCCGUCCGCGAAGCUGCCGACAGAGUCCUCGCCGUAACGGCAAAGGGGAGGACUCGGUGGAGCCAAGCCAUCCUGAGGAACCGGCUCAAGCUCAAGUUCACCAAACACAAGAGACAGCGAGUGGCAUCACCGCCAACACGGUCAAAGAAACCCCGGGUCAGCGUUUACCGGCUGAAGGGGAAGAGUUUACCGGGUGUGCAGAGGAAAGUAAGGUUCCUUGGACGGUUGGUUCCCGGUUGCCGAAAACAACCUUUACCGGUUAUUCUAGAAGAAGCCAUUGAUUAUAUAUCUGCGCUUGAGAUGCAAGUUCGAGCCAUGAACGCUGUGUUUAACCAAUUCUCUGCCGCUUCCUCCACUUCUUAGCUCAUAAAUACACACUUCACGCUUUUCGAGCUCUAUGUAUGUAAUUGUGAUUUAUGGGUGAGAGAAGCUUGCAAAAAGACCGGCUUUUAUUUUUUCGGGGAUAACAAUGUUGUUUGGGAGAGGAAUUCACGGUGUACGAUGUAAGUGAGUGUCGCUUGAAUUAGUAUAAAAAAUGGUCAGAGUUGUAAAUUUUGAUAGUUGGGUGGGUAAGUUUGUCAUGGCAGCAAGCGAAUGAAGAUUUGAUCAAGGUCAUAGCAAUCUUCGGAUAUAUAUUAUUUACUGUGUGAGGAGGUUGAUAGAGGACAAACAUUCAUAUAGUUGCGGGGACACUCAUGUACUAGUUACUAUUGAAUGACAAAUGGUUUGUAUUGUAUUUUAACCUUUUUCUAGUUCU